CUCUGAUUUUCCACAUCUCUAAUGCACCUAAGAAGUAAACUCGGAUGGUUAUCCGAUCCCGAUCUUAUAAUGUUUUUAUUUGGCUUAAAUGUACAGUAAGAAAUAGAACUGUAUGACGGUGAAUAUAAUUUACAGUGGAAAAGCAGAGGAAAGCCACCAUUCCAUAUUUAAGACUCGUCUGGAAUGUUAACCACAAAAAUAAACAGGCUUCUUGCAAGAACGAAAGAAAUUCCUUGGAAAAUUGCACGUUGUGAUAGAAUCAGCAGAAUUUGCAUGCCCAUUUACACGACCAAAUAAUACCACACUAAUUACCUUGGCUAGCUGAUCCUUAAGACUUAUUGGGAUAAAACAUUACCCAUAAAUAUCCCGAUGGUGUCGUCUAUAUGCCGUGCUUGCCUGGGGCCUUCAGAAAACAUGGUCAAUAUUUUUAAAAGGACGCGGGGACCAAGAGUUUCCAUUGCGAAUAUUAUUUCUGAAUGCACUGGACUUACAGUUAAAAGGGGUGAUCAAUAUCCAGACGCCGUUUGUCCUUCCUGCCUGCAGGAUGCGAAAAACGCUUUCGAAAUAAAGCGAACUUAUGAAAGGAGCUAUAAGUUCUUCUGCCAGUUAAAGAAGGAUUCACAGGUGGAGACCAAUAGGAACCAAUGCCAAACGAGGAACGAGUCUCUAGGACAAGACCUACUCGUGACCGACGAUUUCAAGGACACGGACUCAGAUGAUGAUUACGAUGUUGAAGAUGAUUUGCAAUCGGAUACUAACGAUGAUGAGGAUUAUGAACCUCGGAUUGUUGAUGGUGAGCAUAAAUGCUCUCAGUGUUCAAAGACUUUUGUAUUGAAAUCAAAACUGAAAAUUCACUUAAAAACGCACUCAGGGGAAAGACCAUUUAAGUGCUCCCACUGCUCAAAAGUUUUUCACCGAAAUUCGUAUCUUCAGCGACACUUAAAAUACCAUGGAGAACGGCCGUUCAAGUGUACCCACUGCCCAAAGACCUUUGCCGAAAAUGCAACUCUUUUGAAACACUUGCGUAUUUACACAGGCGAGAAACCUUUCAAAUGCACCUACUGUUCAAAAUCUUAUAUCCAAAAUUCAAGCCUGAAAAUACACUUGAGAACUCACACUGGAGAACGACCGUUUAAGUGUUCCCACUGCCCGAAGUCCUUUGCGCUAGAUGCAAGUCGUAAAAAACAUAUGCGAAUGCACACCGGAGAACGACCUUUCAAGUGCACUCACUGCUCGUCGGCUUUUACCCAGAAACAACAUCUACAAAAGCACUUGCGGAUCCACACAAGAGAACGACCGUUUAAGUGUUCCUAUUGCCCAAAGACUUUUGUACUGCAUCAAGAUUUUCACGACCAUUUACCAAUUCAUAAAGGAGAACGAAUGUUCAAGUGCAGCCAGUGUCCGAAGGCUUUUACAAGGAAUUUACAUUUAGAGAUACACUUGCGAUCGCAUACAGGAGAAAGACCGUUCAAGUGCACACACUGUUCAAAGACUUUUACAUCGGAGGCAGUUCUUCGCGAACACUUGCGUGUCCAUAGUGCAGAGCGACCAUACAAGUGUACCCACUGCUCAAAGUCUUUUAAACAUAAGUCAGUUCGUCAAACCCACAUGCGGAUACACACUGGAGAACGACCAUUCAAGUGUACCCAAUGCCCAGAAACUUUUAUUUCGAAUUCAGUUCUUCAGUUUCAUUUGUGUACCCACACAGGAGAACGCCCAUUCAAGUGUACCCUCUGCCCAAGAGCUUUUAUCCAGAAAUCAAAUUUUAAAAAACAUUUGCAGACCCACACAGAUGAACGACCAUUCAACUGUACCCAAUGCAGCAGGACUUUUAGACAGGAAUCAGUACUUCGGGUUCACUUAAAAACUCACACAGGAGACCGACCGUUUAAGUGUACCCAGUGCCCGAAAACUUUUAUUAUGAAAAAAGGUUUUCAAGAUCAUUUACGGACCCACACAGGAGAGCGGCCAUUUAAGUGCUCUCACUGUUCGAAGUCUUUUAACACGGGGUCAAUUCUUAAGCGACAUUUGCGUAUACACACUAAAUAGAUUUCAUUCCAAUGUACUCACUGCCCAAAAUCUUUUACAGUAAAUUCAUCUUUUGAACGGAACUUGCGAUCACACAAAUCCGGAACCUAAUUUCUAUAUUGUACGUAGAUCUAAGUUAUACAUGUGUUAUGAUCAUGAUCAUAACUUGUUAUAAUAUAUAUGUAAUCUUUCCAUUUAGACGCUUGUUACUAUUAUAUAUUAUAUUACCUAAGUUCGUUUUUCCAUUAUAAUCUGUUUACUUAUUGCUUAAAAUGUUAAAAGUUUAAUCAACGGAAUGGAUUGACACAACGUAAAUAUGGUGUACCACAGGCUGAUGCCCUGUUCCCAGGCUGACUCAUGGCCAACUGCGAAAUAGAUUGGGCUGUAAAUUGGAUUACACAUUUUUAUUUAUAAAUAUACGGUCUGAUAAAUAGAAAAAAUACAAGUGUUUAAGGUGGGGACUUUUGGGCUACGGCUUCAACCGGGUGGCUCUCCAUGUGCCGAAUCACUUCUUAUACUCCGCCCAAGAGUAGCGGAAGGAGCGGAUCAUGUGGAUAAGGCUGCAAAUACAAAUCUGGUAAAAAUGGCGGGCAGUAUUUCUCGGGCGGAAAACACAUAGUGGUUUAAAUGAGACAAGGACGGCACAGAGACAAUCACCAGACGAUGACGUAUAUACAAUAAAUCGUUUAUUCGUAGGCAGUUCUUGCAUAAUAUAAAAUAAAUAUGUAUACAGUUA